CCAUCUCCCUUCCUCGUGUAUUUUGACCGUACAACCCACUCACUCUCCCUUUCCACUAUUUUUCCCUUUUAUCUCACAAAACAAAAAAAAUCCCCAAUUCUAUCUCCCGAUUCUAACUAGGGUUUUCUUUCCCCCCCCUUUUUUCACAUAAAACCUAACCCAUCGGAAAAUUGUUUAAUUUCUUCAAUUUGAUUCAAUAAAACCUUUCUGUAAUCUAUUUUUUUUUCCCUUUUCCUUUUAAUGUAGUAUUAAAUUAUGGAGUCGGGUUCUACUUCUUCUAGUGUUACCAACGGCGGAGGUGAUGGUGGAGGGGCAGCUCCACCUCCGGCGCCGAUGCCGGCGGCGAACGCUCCGCCGCCGUUCCUGGUGAAGACGUACGACAUGGUGGAUGACCCGAGCACGGACAAGAUAGUGUCGUGGAGCGCCACCAACAACAGCUUCAUCGUCUGGGAUUCCGCGGAGUUCGCCAAGGAUUUGCUGCCUAAGUACUUCAAGCACAACAAUUUCUCCAGCUUCGUUCGUCAACUGAAUACCUACGGUUUCAGAAAGGUCGACCCGGACCGCUGGGAGUUUGCAAACGAGGGUUUCUUAAGAGGACAGAAACAUCUGCUCAAAGGCAUCAGUCGCCGUAAACCUGCACACGGACACCCUCAGCACCAGCAGCAACCACCAAACAUUCAGACUUCUGCAGUAGGACCAUGUGUCGAGGUCGGCAAAUUUGGGCUCGAAGAGGAAGUCGAGAGGCUGAAAAGGGACAAGAAUGUCCUAAUGCAGGAGCUUGUCCGAUUGAGGCAGCAACAACAAGCCACCGACGGUCAGCUCCAGACAAUGGUCCACCGUCUACAGGGCAUGGAGCAGCGCCAGCAGCAAAUGAUGUCGUUUUUGGCCAAGGCAAUGAACAGUCCUGGUUUUCUCGCACAGUUCAUGCAGCAACCGAACGAUAAUAACAGCGGCCGACGCAUAUCGGAAGGUAGCAAAAAACGGAGACUUAAGCAGGACGACGGUGUUUCUGAAGAUGUGGGUCCCACCACCGACGGUCAGAUUGUGAAAUACCAACCUAUGAUUAACGAGGCUGCGAAAGCAAUGCUGAGGCAGAUUAUGAAACUAGAUUCUACUUCGUCUUCUUCGCCUUCUCCUGGACUAGAAAACUUUGGAAAUGGUUCUGAUGGUUUCUUGAUUGGUGACGGUUCAUUAGAUUGCAGCACUGCUUCGACUGUGACUCUUCAAGAAGUACCGUUAUUUAUGCCGUCGUGUUCGGAUAAUCAAGCGCCGCCCAUUGGAGGAGCAGUUGCUCCAGGGACCAUUCCACCACCACCGCCACCACUGCCGCCUGAUAGUGAUAUAAUACCGGAACUCUCUCAAAUCAAUCUUGACAUGGUGGGAAAUUCCGAAACGCAAAACGGGAUUUUCUUGGACGGUGAAAUUCCGUUUGAAAUAGGUGGGUUUAGUCCAGAUAGGGAUAUGGAAUGGGAUAGCAGUAACUUGUUGGAGGGGCUACCUGAAGUUGUUGACCCAUUUUGGGAGAAGAUAUUAGGAGAGGCUGAGAUGGAUUCGGUACUAACAGAUGAUAUUUUUGUUGAUGCUCCUGAGAAGGGAGAAGACGCCAAGGCGUCGGAGAAUGAGUUUGACAAAUCAUCUGAGCGUGUGGCGGAGCUGACUCAGCAGUUGGGGCUUCUCUCUUCAGAUGCCGAUAAAUUAUAGUUUGUCUUAAACUCGUGUACGUACGUACGUAGCUUUUGAAAAAAAAGGGUUAAUAUCGCUUUGGUCUGAAAUGUGUUGUAUUCUUUGCACAUAUGGAGAGUGUAUCGUCUCAACUUUUUUGAUGAACGUUAUAUUGUGUCUUUUUGUUGCGUCCCUCCAGAGUUCUCUAAUCUGAUAUACUUGUAGUUCGAUUGUCUUGUUGUUUUUGCCUU